CAGACAGAGAGUCAGAGGAAGUGCAGCAGUCACCUCCUCCCUCAGAGCGGGAAGUCAUUCUCCUCAGCAUCCUCACUGCAGGUUCGGUUUCGCAGCUCAGAGACGCGUCAGGAUGUUCUACUUCCACUGUCCGCCUCAGCUGGACGGAGAGUGCUGCCGCUCCAACACACUGAAUUCAAGCGGAUUUGGCAACCACGCUCCGGCUGAUUUUGAUGAUGGAUUUCUACGAAGAAAACAGCGAAGAAACAGAACAACGUUUACUUUGCAACAGUUGGAGGCUUUGGAGGCUGUGUUUGCGCAGACUCACUACCCGGAUGUGUUCACGCGAGAGGAGCUGGCCAUGAAGAUCAACCUGACGGAGGCCAGGGUGCAGGUUUGGUUUCAGAACCGCAGAGCGAAGUGGAGGAAGACGGAGCGAGGGAGCUCAGACCCGGAAGGAGGGAAGGAGCAGAUGAGCGAGGGCACUCCUCCGUCUCGCAGCCUCAACUCUCAGUCCCCGGUGGACCACGGCAGGAAACAGAAAGAACCGCUGGAGAUGCAGCAGAGCAUCAACAGGACGGUGGGUCCGAGUGGUCCCUUCUUCCCGUCGUGUAUCCCAGGAACGCUCCUCAACUCCGCCACCUACGCCCAGGCCCUCUCACAGGUCGCCACGCUGAAAGGUAACGGUUUGUGCUCCUGCUGUGUCUCUGACCCCAUGGGCCUGUCCUUCCUGCCGCCCUACGGUUGUCAGGGCAACCGCACAGCCAGCGUGGCCGCCCUGCGCAUGAAGGCCCGCGAGCACUCGGAGGCUGUGCUCCAGUCCGCGAACCUGCUCGGGGCCGCGGCGGGCGGGCCGGGCGCCGGCGUGGGGGUCCUCUCCGGAGUCGGCGUGGGCGCGUCCGGAGUGGCGCGAUCCUCCGCGGGGCCCUCCAUCGAGGUGCCCGGCGCAGUGGGAAGAGGCAGGGACAGCUCCAGUCCCGGCCUGGCCAACAAGGUGCCGGUGCUGGGCAGCGGUCCUGACAAACACCCUCACUGCUCCAAGGAACAACUGGAGAAAAAGUGAGGGCGCUGGGACGCAAAACGUGGACGUACUGAUACUCUAAAAUCUGUGUGAGCGUGCCUGUUAUCACUUCUCUACUCUAAGAAACACAAGAAGCACAACUACAAAUCAAGUCCAGAAAAAACUCCUGGGAAAGACUUUUACUGAAAUCACAAUGUGUGGACGCAGACAUUAAAAUAUUUAUUUGACUGUAAAUUAUCGUUUUUGAAGAAAUGCUGAAUAUACGGGGCUUUGUUUUCCCCAUGAAAAAGCACAAGUGUGGUUUGGAUCUUUAUCUGUCUUCAUGCACUCUCUUGGACUCUAUUUAUUGGACUGACAUAGAUACAACAUGUGUGCAACAAAGACCUAUUUGAUAAUGUGAAUUUAACUCCUUCAGAUGCUUACAUUGUGAAUGUUAAUGCAUGUAAACUGUGCGUGUAGAACCGAUCGAGGCUCUUUUAAGGAUUUCUGGCAAUAUAAUGUUUCUGCCAUCAGGUCAGUAACGGGCUCAAACAAUCUCUCCUUCUUUUGAGUUUUUUUAAAGUGAAAGUGCACUUUAAUAUUAAUCAGCCAUUUUCUAUGUAAAUGUGUACACGUGCCAGAGUACAGUAUACGUGUCAGUGACAGAGAGAGAGAGAGAGCGCCGGUUUGUGUCUUCCUCUCUGUUAGCACGUCUGAGGCGUCAGCAGACAGCCAACACGCCGGCCCUGUUGUGACAUGUUCUUUAAAACAAUUAAAGAUGUAGUCGCUCAUGUUCCUCUCCUGUUGCCUCUCGCUCCAGCCAUCUGUUCUGAUACAUUAUUAAUCAGUUUCCCUUAAAGCCGGCAGAGGAGGCUCUUAUUAUUUAUUUACUUUUUAGGACAGCUCAUCCUCUUCCUAUCCUUUCACCAUUUCCAAUAAAAAACAAAUUAAACAUCAAAUUUGCUCAUUUAUUAAUGUGAAUGUGGGAUUUACAUUUGAGAAAAAAAAAAAAAAAAAGCAUCUCUCAUCACCUAAGGCAACUAUUCCAUUUGUCGUUAAAUAUCUCUCAGCGGUGCAUCGACCCUUUGAAUAAAGGGGUCAGCUGAUCACAUCGAGAAUACUUAACCGGCGAGCACACGACCAGGAGUUCGGCUGAUUCAAUUUGCGUCCUUGAGGAUUGUCAGGAAAUUACUUUUGAUAGUCAAUAACACAAUUAAGUAAACUACACACACAUUAUCAUGAAUAAUUGAUAAGAAAUUAUGUAUUACCAUGAAGUACUGGUUCAAUAAUUGAUGAGGCGACACCCGGGUGACACAGAGGAGGGAGAUAAUGUCAGAAGUCGUGCCAGGUUGUACACAGAGCACUUACAUCCUCUUUUUUUUUUUCUUGACAUCAUUAUGUUUGCAUGUUGUAAAUAACCGACAAAUAUGAUAAUAAAAGGAUGCUUUCAUGUCUACGAGUCAACCUCUUGUGACAUUCACUAUUUCAAUGAUCUGAUGAGGUUUCUUUAUUUAAGUUGGAACUCUUUAUUUCCCUAAAAACAUACACAGACCAUCCUCUGAAGUCAAUUGUCACUUUUGAGACAGAAAAGUGGAAAUGCAGUCAAAAUAAAGUAACAAAACCAAAA